GUCAGCACUAUAAAUAUAUAAGUGGUUGAAAUUUGUAUUUAUCGUUAAAGUAAAACUAAAGUCUAAUGAAGAAUAGGGCAGAAGGCUAUCACAUCUAAUCUGAUUCGAUUGAUUGCUAACGUAAAACAUAAACGUUAGCAAAAUGGCAACUACUAGAUCAUUGUGUUUCCAUUUGGCCAUUUUCACCAUUCUGUCAAUAUUCAUUGACAUUAAUUGUCAAACACCUCCAAGUGCCAACAGUUCUUUAGAAGAUACCUGCAUUAAUUCUAGUAGUGAGAUCGAAGUGCAAUUAGAACCAUUUUUUAAUUCCAGUCUAAAAUGGAAAAAGCCCCUUUGUGAUGGCUUAAUAUCGUAUGAUAUAUGUUUGAUAAUGUUACAACAAAACAAAAUUAUCGAAGAAAAAUCUAAAGAAAUACCAUUCUUUUGUGAAGAAUUUAACAGUUCUGAUGAAUGUCCAACUUUUAAAUUUCAAGGAUAUAUGGAUAUUGGCAUGUUUUAUUUUAGAAUUGAAUUCCAAUGUCCUGAAAAUCAACGUAAUUUACUGUCUAGCUCUAAAUUCAAUAGCACAGAAAUAAUGGAUGCUUGUAAACUUAGAGAAAAUGUCAAAGUAUUUAAUGUCACUGAAACAUCAGCUAUUGUACAAUGGGAAAAGCUAGAAACUUGUAACUACAAAAAUGUGCAAUAUUUAGUGUUUAAAGAACGUCAGUUUCGAAAUGGAUCUUUUGAUGAUAAUUAUGAUAAUGUAACAUCAUCUACGUUUAAUGAGACAAAUGUAACAGUAAAUGAUCUUAUACCAGGAAUGAAAUAUAAAUUUAGAUUAGAUCUACAAAUUAUUCCAUAUACUACUGGAGCAGUCUUUAGUUCAGAUAUCAGAAUUAAACAUCCUUUAGAUUCAAAAAUUGAUACUUAUCUCAAGGAAAUAUCAAAUCUUGAUAAACUCAUCAAAGUUAUUGAUAUCACUGAUACAACAGCCAAUAUUCAGUGGAAUACACCUGAGAAUAUUUCCACCGCUGCAAAAAUGGACGUUUUUAUAAUCGACUCAUCUAAUAAUAGAGAAGCUGAGUUGGUUGACGAUUUUUAUCCUAAUGAAUCAGAUAAUUAUGUACAUCGAAUCUCAUAUUUAAAACCCGGAAAAAAUUAUAUAUUUUUAGUUGCGUUUACGGAUGACGAGGAUGUUCAUUUUCUCAUAAGCAAAGAAAUCAUUACUGAUAUUACAUCAGAUGGUUGUGAACUUAUUGAUUAUCUCGAAGUGUUUAAUGUCACUGAAACAUCAGCUAUUUUGCAUUGGGAAAAGCCUGAAAUUUGUGCCUAUAAAAAUGUACAUUAUUCAGUGUCUAAAAAACUUCAGUUUCGAAAUGGAUCUAUUCCUAUUGAUAAAGAUAAUUCAACAUCAUUUUUGUUUAAUGAUACAAAUAUAACAGUAAAUGAUCUUAUACCAGGAAUGAAAUAUAUUUUUACAUUAUAUAUUCAAUUUAAUCCAAAUAUUAUUGGAGAAUUCAUUAGUGAAGAUAUUAGAAUUAAGCACCCUUUAGAUUCAAAAAUUGAUUCUUAUCUCAGCGAAACAUCAAAUUUUACUGUUCUUGAUAAACUCAUCAAAGUCAUUGAUGUCACUGAUAGAACCGCCAAUAUUCAAUGGAGUAAACCUGAGAAUAUUUCCACCGCUGCGAAAAUAGACGUUUUUAUAAUCGACUCAUCUAAUAAUAGAGAGGCUGAGUUGGUUGACGAUUUUUAUCCUAAUAAAUCAGAUAAUUAUGUACAUCGAAUCUCAUAUUUAAAACCAGGAAAAAAUUAUACAUUUUUAAUUGCGUUUACGGAUGGCGAGGAUGUUCAUUUUCUCAUAAGCAAAGAAAUCAUUACUGAAAAUCCAUCAGAGAAGCCUAAUAAACCCCCAGGAUCACUUGAUUAUUCAUAUGACAAUACUACUAAUACAAUUUUAUUGAAAUGGAAUAAACCUGAGAAUAGUCCUACCACUGUAAAAUAUAUACUUUAUAUUGAAAAUAGUGGAAUGUGUGGUCAAAUGAUUUACGAUAUUUCAGAACAUCCAACAUACAAUAUGAGUGUUUCGACUCUUCCUAAGAAAUUAGAAAUCACUCUUUGGGCUUGCAAUAAUAUCGGAUGUUCACUACCAAUCAAUAAUAAUAUAAAUAUAUUUGGUAAUGAAUAUAUUAACAGAACUUUAGAAUCCAUAUUAUGAUGUUAUAUUUAAUGACAAUAAAUUUUUAAGGUGGUUCUUCAA